GCGGCAUCCGGCAACACCAUCACUCUCCGGCCCAGGAACAGUCGUCUCACCGCAGCGAUCCUCGGCCGUCAAUUCCGCCGCACACACGCGCACGCGACCGAAUAAUAAUAUAUCUGUGCAGGUACAACAAAAACAAUAAUAAUAAUAAUAAUAAUAAUUAUAACGAUAAUCGUGAUAAUAAUAAUAUUGUACUCGACGGUUGUAUCACACGUCAUCGGUCGUCGCACACGCAUAACGUAAAUCGGCAAUCGUUAUCCUUAAACGCUGAUCGGACGAUACGCCGGAAUAGAGCCAACCUGACUAGCAUUAGUCACCAACGGUUUACAAAUAUUACAUAAUUAUUGUAUUUCGCACACAAAAUCCUCGCGGGCUGCGUUUAAUUUUCGAUUAUUGAGUUUAUUGCGAGCAAUAAUAUUCGACGAUUCGUCACAUCCGUAUCUUAACCUUAAGAUGAUGCACACCAAUCGUCAAUGGCCCUUCCGACAAUCGAGUAGCAAUGGAAAUGGCAUCGUUUAUGGUGUCGACUAUAACCAGGAUGACAGUGGAGGCGUAGACGAUGAUGAUGAUGUUGCCGAGGAGUUUGGUGAUUUUGGUGGCAAUCAGACCGCGUCUAGCAGACGAUACUUGACCGUACAGCCGAAACAGUGGUGCACGUCGUACGUGGCUGCCAAUCGACAACAUUACAUACAUUCUACUGCAGCAUCUGCGGUAAACCACAACGGUGGAAUUGGACUAGAAAACGAUGUUUACGGUGGCAGAUCAACAGCUGAUUACUUCCGUUCAAAAACAAUGCCCAGGCGGACCGGGACGGCAACCGUGAUGGACGAUUACGACUACCGCAACAGUAACGACGGCGAUGUGAACGUCACGGCAGCCAGCGACGGUCACAGACAGUGGCCCGCGUCGUCGGCGGAUAUCGUCGAGUACGAUUCGUCGGCGGUGGCGGACACGCCGACGCCGCAACAACAGCAACAGUUUUUACUACCUCAUAACCAGCACCAGACGAAUGCGUUUCUGCAGAAGUCCGGCGCCUCUGUGCACGACCCGAACGUCGCAGUCCGUCGCGCAACACAAAUCGACAACAAUUUGUCGGCGGGUGCCAGGCCCAAGUCCCCGGCCAAGUGGAAGACCCACGCUCUGUACGUGUUUCUGACUUGCCUGCUGGCCGUCGUCGUCGUCAACCUCACGCUCACGUUUUGGUUCAUCCGAGUCACGCAAUUCACUUCGGAGGGUAUAGGAUCUAUGAAGAUCACUCAUGGUGGUCUCCGGCUAUCUGGCCGGACACUGGUCACCAACCGAUUGGUGGCGUCGGCGAUACGCUCUCGGGUCGGACGUCCGAUUCUUAUUGAGUCCACUGCUAACGUCACAUUGACUGCUCGAAAUUCACAGGGACGCCUGAUGAACAGUCUCAAAUUGACUAAAGAUGGUUUGGAGUGCGCACAAGCAAACGUUUUCAGGGUGACCGAUACACGUGGCGAAACGUUGUUCUCGGCCGACCGGAGUAAAGUGAUAGUUGGCGCUCAAGAACUUCGAGUAACGGGGUCUGGAGGCGCUGUGUUUCAAGGCAGCGUCCAAACGCCAGUGGUUCGAGCUGAUCCUCGACACGACUUAAAGUUGGAGUCAGCGUCUCGAAGACUCGAGCUGAGCGGUCCCCAAGGUGUGACUAUAGAGUCCAGGGCCGGUGACAUAACCGUAUCGUGUCUGAUGGACGUCAAGCUGCAGUCAAUAGCCGGAGCGAUACAAAUCGACGCGGCCAAGGUGUUUCUCAAGGGACUGAAGACGGUCAAGACAACGUCUUCAGCCAAUAUGGCGGCAGCGGCGGCGGCGGCGGCGGCUGCUGCGAUGUCUGCUGACAGGGACGGUGGCAGCGGCGGCAAGUCGACUGCACAGCAGAAUUCCAUCGGUGGCACGAAAAAGAGAGGCGCCGAGGACAAGUUGCCCAGCGUGUAUCAGCUGUGCGUGUGCGGCAACGGCAAAGUGUUCAUGUCGCCACCAGACGGUCAGUGCGCGGCCGACAACGAGAGCCUGGUGUGCCGGUGAACGGCUGGUACGUACCGUGGGUAUAUACCGUGGUCGCGGUUUCGUCCGACAGGCAAGUCGUCAACCGCACCUAUUACAAUAAUUAUACUGUCAUACUAUUUAUCAUAAAUAAUAAAUAGUAGCCGCGAUACUAUACGUCAUUAUUAAGUUUUUAUUCCAAUAUAUUCUAUUGACGUGAUUCCCGCGUUCGUUUUUACACAAACCCUAACCUUGUUUAGUGUAGAAAAAAUAUUGUUAUAGUCUCCGUCUGUUUCCAAACGUUUAAACCAAUGAUGAAGAUCUGUUAUUUUUGACUCGACCGUACUCAUUAAAAUAUUAUUAUCAUAUUGUUAUACUAUAGACGAUUUUUGUUAAUAUUAUUGUGUUCGCUUCGUACAAUAUUCGUAUCCAAACGUUAUGCGC